AUGAAGAGCUCCAUUCUCCUUUCCAUUGCGGCCAUCGCUGCCCAAGUCAUCGCGCUCCCCACCCAUGAUGAGCGGUCUGUGGCUCUGCACGCCAGGAACAUGAACUUGGCGGCCAACGUCGACGUCAGGCCCAGCCUCCGCCGUAACAAGGCUGAAGCGCAAGCCGAUGAGGAGGAUGACCUCAAGGAGGAGGACGUCAAGGAGGACGCCGCCGCCGAACUUGAUGCCCCCAAGGACAAGGCAGGUGAAGCCGCCGCCAACACCCCUGCUGAAGCUGCGGCCGGAGACGCAGCGGCCAACAACGGAACCGCCAACGCCGGCGACGAUGAGGGCAAGAACAAGGACGACAAGAACAAGGACGACAAGAACAAGGAUGACAAGAACAAGGACAACGAAGCGGCUGCCGGUGCUGCUAACAACGGAACCGCCAACGCCGGCGACGAUGAGGGCAAGAACAAGGACGACAAGAACAAGGACGACAAGAACAAGGACGACAAGAACAAGGAUGACAAGAACAAGGACAACGAAGCGGCUGCCGGUGCUGCCAACAACGGAACCGCCAACGCCGGCGACGAUGAGGGCAAGAACAAGGACGACAAGAACAAGGACGACAAGAACAAGGAUGACAAGAACAAGGAUGACAAGAACAAGGACAACGAAGCGGCUGCCGGUGCUGCCAACAACGGAACCGCCAACGCCGGCGACGAUGAGGGCAAGAACAAGGACGACAAGAACAAGGACGACGAGAACAAGGAUGACAAGAACAAGGACAACGAAGCGGCUGCCGGUGCUGCCAAGAAUGGAACCGCCAACGCCGGCGACGAUAAGGGCAAGCAGAACAAGGAUGACAACAAGGACGCAAAGAAGAACAAGGACAACGGAGAGGACAACGGAGCGGCUGCCGGUGCUGCGAACAACGGAACUGCCAACGCUGUCGAUGGCAAGGGCAAGAAGGACAAUGAUGCCAAGGCCAAGGAGAACGGCGACGCUGGUGGUGCCGCCGACGCAGGCAAGGCUGCGGCUGGGGACAACCAGAUUCUCGCCGAUAUCCUCUCGGGUCUCACUGGCGGUGCUGGUGCUGGUGCUGGAGCGGCUGGCGGCCAGAAGCAGAGCAACCCUCUCGCGCUCCUCUCUGGCCUCCUCGGGCGCGACCAAGAGUCAGGUGAUGCGGAAUAA